CUGUGAUAAAUCUUAUUCUGGGCAUUUUUCUCGUGGAUCAGCUUCAGGCGCACUGACGGAACAGGACUGCUUUUAAAUUUAGACUUUUAAGCUUUUUAGACGUUGUUUAAAGCUCCAAGUCAGAGAAAAACUAUCUGCAGUAAUUUCUGAAUAUCUAUCAGUUUUUGCUUUAUUCCAGUGGUUUUUGUUUUCCGGUGUUUUGUUGCUUAUUAGACAAUAACACGGUCAUUUAUCCGCUUUUAAACUCUUUUUGAGUCUUUGGCCUAUAACAUUUUUCAUUUUUAAACUUUUUAAACUCCCGCAGACGUUAAAAAAAGAGGAAAGCUCUCAAGAAGCUGCCACGUUUCUGAAUUUAAAAACAGGCUGAAUUUCUUUAUCUUUCUUUUUUGGGGCGCACGGUGCUCACCAUGUCACAGAUGCGCAGGCAACUCCUUGGCACCGCGGCCAGCGGAGUGGGCUGGGUGGGGGUGAUCGUGGCCACGGCCACCAACGACUGGGUCCGGACCUGCGACUACACCAAGGCCACCUGCGUCCGCAUGGACGAGCUGAGCUCCCGAGGCCUGUGGGCAGAGUGCGUCAUCUCCCCGUCCCUUCACCACUGCGUGGGCCUCACCCAGAUCCUCACACUGCCCGCCUACGUCCAGACAGCUCGUGCUCUGAUGAUCUGCGCCUGUUUGCUGGGUCUCCCCGCCACGCUCCUGAUCCUCAUGUCCAUGGCCUGCGUGCGGCUGCAGAACGACACCUCAGCUGUGAAGAAGCGCCGCGCCCGAGUGGGAGGCGUCCUCUUCAUCUUCAUGGCUGUGUGCAGCAUCAUAUCUACCGUCUGGUUCCCCAUCGGCGCUAAUAAAGAGGAAGAUCUGAUGUCAUUCGGCUUCUCUCUGUACUCCGGCUGGGUCGGCUCCGCCCUCUGCCUCCUAGGUGGCAUCAUCAUCCUGUGCUGCCAGGGCAUCGACCCCGGGACCCCGAGUAGGGACGACAGCUUCUACUACUCGGGGAACAGGGGGACGGCCACGCUCCUCGACCCCCCCGCCAACCACGCCAAGAGCGCCCGGGUGUGAAGCAACCAGGCGCUCUAUUUUUAACCAAGUUUUCUUUGAGUUUUAAAGCCAUAUUCACCAUCAAUGAGACAUGCCAUUAUCUGUUUACUGCUUCAAGACUAAAAUCCACCAUGAAAACGAAUGUUGGCAGGAAAUGGAGGGAUUAAUAAUAAGCUCACACUCAGAAGAUCUUUUGGCCUCAAUCUAGGGAAGUCUGGAGAAUCUGUGUAUGUCCCAAAAAAUAUCUGUUUCAAAAUGAGUAAUUGCAUCAAACUUACUCCAGUCCUCCGCCGCCCUGGACUCCACGUAUUGAAGCCUCAACUUUAGCAUUUUGUUAUUCUUUUAGAGAUAAAAGUCUUAGUGAUGUCUUUAGAGAGACUAAAGGAUCAAAACUCAGAAUAGCAACAAAAAAAAAGACAAAGUUUUAUUAUGCUGAAGGAAAAAACAAGAACGGGGUAGAAAGCCAGGAAGACGAGCAAAACAAGUAGCAUCAAAACACAACAACGUAAGACAAACACUCAGGGCAGACCCACACUGAGGACUAACUGGAGACUGAGAAAAGCUGGUAAACACGACACAGGUUAAAGCAAUCAAGACAUAUUCAAAAGGUGGGAAAGUAAAACUCAAACAACCAGUCUAAACAGGAAUACACAAAUCCAAUUUACACAAAACAAUCUCAACUUCAAACUCUGGCAUUACAGGAAAAAACUAAACAAACUCAAAUACACUGUUUCUAAACCAAUCACAUGACCAGCCCCGAGGUCAUGACUGUGAUUGGUCUGUCAGUAGACUUAACCACACGAACAUGGUUCGGACGUCCAGUUCAGGAACUCCCAUGAGCCGAGGUGAAGCGUAGCAGAAAGCUUGCAGCUGUUUGUAAUUUCAUUUGCUGUACAUGUAUAAAUACAUAUUUCACAUCUUCAGCUACUCAGUCAGGAAGCAAAGUCCCCCUGUUUGACCGGCUGUGACCAUCUGUGCACGACAAGUUAAUCGUUGUCAGCGGCUCUUUGUUUUCACAUUAUAAAUAGCAAACUGUUGUUUUCAUGGUCGCUUUAGUGUUUAUGAUACUUUUAAAUUGCAGCUCAUAUUUAAUCCCCCACUUUUUUAUCAUUUCUUUUUACUUUUAUGUUAACAGCAUAAUCAAAAUAAAUCAUCUGCAUACCCACAUGCUUAAAUUCUUGUCUGUGUUUAGAAAAAAGGCUUUAAAAUCUCUUGGGCUCUCUGAAAGCACCCAUACACAUUUAAAUUAAGAUUCAUGCUUUCUUAAAUUUAUGUUUUACUGAAUAUUAUUUCUGUAUGUUUUCCAUUUGAUAUGAAUCCAUUUCAAAUACGAUUUUUUGUUUGUCUUCUUCUACAGUAGGUAUCAGAUCAUCAGAGUUUAGCCUCUUCUGUCUAAAAUGAGGCAAAGCUAGCACAGAUUAACCGCAAACUACGUACAUCAGAGCACGACAGGCUUUGUCUCGUCACUAGUGCUGUGUGAUACUGUAAAGUUUGGUAUUGAUCCGAUACCAAGUAAAUACAGAGCCAGUACUGAUACUAUUGACCUAUAAAGGCAGCUUAUGUGGGGCAGAGAGGUUUGUAUGACUCACUGUUAAUUUGCAAAUUCUGAACACAUUUCAAUGACCACUUAACACUAUGGAUAUUUGGAUCGAUCCACUCACCUCUACUUAUCCUAGCCUUUGGCUGAUGCUAGGAACACAAUAAUUACCGCAGUUGCCAUUGACGGCUCACACAGCUCCUUUAAAUUUGGAAUGAUAACACUUCAGCGUCUUCUAUCUGUGAGAGAAGCUGCAAUAAAACCCCGAUUA